GCAGCAGCGCAAAGCGAGUGAGCAGGAGAGCGAGUCGAUGGAAGGAAAAAUUUUCAAAAUGGCCAACUUUUGCGGAGCCGUGGUCGAAACGCGAGUGCUUGUCGCGCGUAUUGUUGCGUAAAAACGGUCCGAUUUUGCCCCGGAAAACGGUUCCGGAACGGGUUCUGGGUGGUGCCGAUCGACUGGAGCCCCUGGCGGACGGAUUCGCGCGCCAGCGGACGCGGAAAUCGUGCCGGAAGUUUGAUCGCGUUGUGGUCGUCGUCGUCCCCUUGCCAGCCACAGGCCAACCAAAUCGAAUCGAAUCGACCGACCGCGGAGUGUGUGUGUUGUGUGUGUAGUUGCAGAAAAUCUUCCAUCAACAAUCAUCGUCGUCGUCGUCGUCCCAAUCCAAAGCGGCGGUGGUGGCGGCGGAGCGUUUUCUUGUUCCGAUUCCCAGUAGCAGCAGCAGCCGACCGCGGUUUGGAAGUGUUGGGGCGGGCGCGAAAAAGAAGAGGAAGAACCCAGCCUCGGGGGAAAAAGCGUGAAGCAAAGUGGCUGCAAAAAAGCGAGUUUAGUGGAAAGAUUUCGUGUUUUCCGACAGUAAAAUGCUGUUAAUUGAGAGUGAAUAUUAUUCUAGUGGUUCUGGAGAUUAUUAUUAGCCAGGAGAAAGUGUCAGUAGGUACACAAAGUUCAUUGCUUCCGGAAGAAGGGGGAAGUAUGCGCUGUUGCUGUCGUCGCAGAGCAGUAAAGUAGGAAUAAUGGAGACGCUGCUGGCGGAUGUGGAAGAACGGGAAUGAACCCACCGUCGAGUGCGAGAAGCUUCCCAAUCUCAAUCAAUCAACCGUCAUCGUCAUCGUCGGUCGACCGCGUCGUCGAUGAAGGUAGAAAGGCAGCGAUGAAGCGGCACUUCGAACCGCUCUUCAAAGUAACUGUUGUAGCAGCAAGGCACAUACCUACAAUAUUCGGAGGGGUAGCAGUACCAGAGCAGCACUUCGCAGCAUGUCGGGUGCAAAACUGAAUUGUUGAAAACAACACAAGCUACUACAGAUGUUCGGUUGGUUGAACAGAGGUGCAAAAAUUGCUGUUCAAAACCUUGCUUGCUACCUAGUACAACAGUGUUUUGUGAUCGCGGUGAGUGAGGGUAUGUGUGUGCCGUAUGGUGGUGAAUGUUCGCUUCGAUUGAGUUCCAGCGUUUCAGAGUGUCGAGCGACGACGUCACAAAACAGUAAUUAGAAGAAAUAGGAAAAUACCAAACAACCCGAAUGCUGACGGUGCUGUUUUUCUGUGCUUGUUGUUGUUGGUGGGAAGAAAUUGAACCAACUCGGGUGAAGAAGAAGAAUUGCAAUACUCUUUUGUAAGCGCGGAGUGAAAUUUCGUUGAGGUGCCCGGAAGACAUCAGGCGGCUAAAGAAGAGUCGAUACCCGCGCGUGUGUUGGUGUACGAAGUGGAAGUGAUCCGGUGCUAGCUGGAUAGUACCUUUGUGCCGCGUAUUUUUUCUCUUGGUUUAUUGUGGAUAUCUUUCAAGUAAACGACGACUACAAAGCAGACGGGUAAAUACAGUGUAAGUGAGUGUAAGCACCAGGAGAAAAUUAGCCCGAAAGAAGAAAUCGGAUAAUAAAGGUUACCCCCGAAGGCAGGCAGCAGAAGGAGAGCAGCAGCAAAAGAAGACCCAAGAGUUGCGAAAAGUAGGAGGCAACUCGGUCGCCUCUCUCGGGGUGUCGCGUCAUUUGGUCAUCAAUCAACUUGUAAUUUGCCUACCGCCGCGACCCCGAGCCUGGGUCAGCAUUUCCGUUCGGGAGAUACCUAGAGUAGAAGACCAAGCGCCGUACAAAAGUCAAGCCAGUUUUUUCUUUGCAAGACUUAGGAAAAGAAACUUCACAAAAACUGCCGCUGCCCGUCAGCCAUCCCCAAUCGCCCCAGUAGUGUUCGAUCGUCAUCGAUGAAGACAAUCGACCCCUAGCUCGUAGCAGUCAUCUGUGGUUGUUCCCACGGUAUCCAAUCAACGUGCUCAAAGCCCGAUCAUCCCAUUGAUCCCGGGGGCACCUGCGAAUGCGAGGGGUCGCCAGCAGCUGUGUCAGUUCAGGUACUCACGAGAUCUGCCGUCCCUCCCAGAGUAGUCAGCCUAGCAGCUGCCACCCCCGUCGACAAAACGGCUCACCCGACGCAGCUAACGUCUUCUCGUCGCCCUCUGCUGGUGGAGGUCGUCGCGCUAGGUCAUCCGGCAGUGCUGCUUGAGAGGGGCUAAUAUGGCCACACCGCCAACCGAGGGAGAAAUCAGAGUGGGUCCCGGCCAUCAGGCAACAUUACCAGAUUACCAACCGAUCGAAAACUACCGCUCCGAUGACGAUGAAGAACGCGACCUAGAGGAUCCGAGAUGGACCCCCGGCAUCUACAUUGACAACGACCUGUUGAUGUACCUGACUGCCGCCCGUUCAAUCUCAGCGUUCCAGGGCAUGUGCGAGGAGGAUGGUUGCAUGGCAGCUAGUCGCGACGAUACAACGAUAAACGCUUUUGAUGUUUUACACGACUCUGGGUACGACGCCGGAAAGGCACUAGAAGCACUGCUCAAGUGUCCGGUGACAAAGGGAAUCGACAAAAAGUGGACCGAGGAGGAAACCAAACGCUUCAUCAAGGGUCUGCGUCAGUUUGGGAAGAAUUUUUUUCGCAUCCACAAAGAUUUACUGCCACACAGAACUACGCCCGAGCUAGUCGAGUUCUACUACCUGUGGAAGAAGACCCCAGGGGCGAACAACAACCGACCGCACAGGCGACGCCGUGCCGGUUCACUGCGUCGACGCAACACGCGUACCAACAGUAAUGCUAGCAGCAACAACACACCGCCAAACAGUAACAAGAAAGAAGCAACACCCGAACCGGCCGUAACGGAAUCGUCGCGGCCAUCACCGAUCUCCAAGGAGGAGAACAGUUCCGUCACCGAGGACGACAUCAGCGAGUGCGACUCGGACUCCAGUGCCACCAAGGCCAUCAAGGAAAGUGCCGCAGCAGCCGUAGCAGCGGCAACGACAGUAGCAGCAACUGCGUGUACUGUCGUAACAACACUGACAACAACCACUACCACAACGACGGCUUCAGCGGGUGCACCAGUGACGGCUACGGCAACGCCAGCAGUAGCCACAGCAGCAGCUGCAACGGCAGCGGCAACCGGUAACGGAGGAGGGGGAGGAGAAACGGGUGAGGAUUCUCCUUCGAGGAUGAGAACUCGCCAGAAACCGACGGCGAAAGAGCAGCAACAGCAACAGCAGGCCAACGCCAACAGCAAUUCCAACGUCAGCGUCAGCGGUAAGCGUCCCAAACGGGGUGGAACGGAAACUCCGGACACAACACCGAUCGACAGCCCGAAGACUCCCAGUAAAAAGGACGAAUCGACGGGGAAGGGACAGAAGACGAAAGGAAAAACGGACACACCGAACAAGGGCAAGAAGCGGGCCAAUGAGUUGGAUCCAGACGGAAGCGACGACAAAGAUGGACAGAAGCGGAAACGAUCUGAUAGCCCCACGGAAAGUAUUACCACGGAUAGCCGACCCGGAUCGGUUCUGGACGAAGCCGAAUCGAACAGUGAGGCAGCUACCGAAGUCAGUAUCAAUGUUAGUGCAGCAGCAGCGACUCCGACAGCACCAUCGGCCAAGGAGGAAGAGAAGGAUCCUCUCUCGCUUGGUCCCACUGCGGAACCGAUGGUCACCGAAUCGCCGGAAAGCAGCAAUCCAGCUACGGCCGUCACCAAAACCGGCGAAGAGAAGGAAGAGGAUGGAACCGUGGUGGCAGCUCCAACAUCGGUUACUGCGGCCCUUCCGACGGCUGCCGACACUGCCAAACUUCCCGAAACGGAAGACAUUACUCCACCUUCGACGGCGACGACAACCCCGGUAGCGACACCUGCUCCCGCGCCAGUGCCAACGCCGGAGGAAGCCAUGGCAGCCGUUCCUACAACCAUGGCGGAGGAACCACCAGAGAAAGCCGCUGAAGGUUCUCCUGCGAUGCCUCCAGCGAUCCUACCAACGCCGGAAUCUGGUGCGGUUCCAACCGCAGCCAACGCUGCCGUUCCUCUACCGGGACAAGCUCCUCCCAACGAACAGGAGAUGCUCUCUAAACUUGCCAACAUGAAGCAAGAACUCAAUCCUCAUAGUAUAGCACCGCCGCCCACCGGGUUCAACGCGAAGGAUGUGUUCAUCAAGAAGGAACCGGGUGAGGAACCGCCAGAAACUCAACCGCCAAUCGUCGAACAACCUCAAGAUCUCAAACUGAAGAUUGAAAUCAAAUCCGAGGCCAAGCUUAUGAGGGAAACCGGCACCCCUGGACAAGGAGAUGCUCCUCCCGAGAGCAAAUACGACCCGGAGAACUUGACCAUGAAACCUGCCUACGAAAGCCAUAUAAAGUAUGGCAAUAGCGAGGAUGGUCUCAAGUAUGGUGAUGUAAAAUAUCCGCCGCAAUCGACAGAUGGCCCUAUGAAAUACGGACAGGAGGAACCACUCGAGUACGAUAUGAAACGAUUCAUGGAACCAGGCAAAUAUCCUCCGCAAGAUAGUGCCCUAUCGAUGAAAAUCGGUCCCGGUGCUGGUGCUCCGGGAGGUCCUCCAGAUGGGCAGCUUCCAAAGGGUUAUCCUCAAGAUCUGGCUGGACUUAACAUGAAGUACAACCCGUCGGAUGAGCGGACAAAGUUUGCUCCUUCUCCGGCCUCGGAUAGUGGCAGUGCCGGAACGCCCACUGGAUUGCCGCUCAUGCCAAAGAGCCACUAUCCGGAUCAGUUAGGUAUGCUCCGUCAGCCACCGUAUGACCCCAGCGGAAUGAUGAAAUUCGAUCCGAUGGGUAAAUAUCCGGGGCCACAUCCAUCCUACGGACCACCAGGAAGUCAUGGUCCACCGGGUCAACAAGGUCCGCCAGGACAACCACCCUCGUCACAGCAGCAACCUCAGGACUUGAAAUAUCUUCCACCGGAAUCGAUGUCAGGUAUGAAGACCAGCUUUUCAGCGGACAAUCUUAUGAAAAGUUCAACCUAUUCGCCCCUUGCUGACCAAACUCCAUUGGAUGUUUCAGCGUCUUCCCGUUUAGCCAUCACUCCGAACCAGGACAGUCAAGGUAGCAACAGCAACAACAGCAGUUCGCAACCUCCAAUGCACGGAAGCAUCGCAUCACCCCAAUCUGGCCAUCCAGGAAUGCCCCCAUCUGGAUAUUCCGGACAUCCGGGUAUUGUGAAUCCUGGACUAAUGUCGGGGUCACAUCCGUCGUUAAUGGGGUCCAAUUCAUCACCGGUUCCAGUAUCCCAGUCAGGGCAUGGACCUCCCCUGGGUUCCGGACCUCAUCAGCCACCACCUUCGUCGCAUCCUUCGCAAGGAUCUCAACCUCCAUCGACGGGACCACCGCAUCAGCAGCAACCACCUCACAUGUUACCAAAUACCAGUUUACCAUCGCACAUGCCAAGCAGUCCAUAUCUGUCCGCAGCCCACCGUCAACCACUACCACCAUCGGAAGGUUCCCGACUUCAACCGAGCACGACCCCUACUUCGAGUUCGGCCACCACGCCAACUUCCUCAGCUCCUGGCAUGAAUUCUCAGUCACCGGCACCAAUGCGCCCUUCAGACCAACCGCAUCCUCGAGAUCUUCCACCGACGAGGGCAUCUCCCAUCAAUUCUCUGCUCCAGGGAGUUCCAACGCCUCAUGGAAUGCUCACGCAUCCUCUUCCAUUGCAUCUUGGACACCCGGCGAUGCAGCUACCACCUCAUCAUCCGGCACAUCUAGCCGGAUCUCUGGGUCAUGCUGGUCUCUUACCACACCCAUUGGGAGGUGUGGGGGGACCUGCAGGUGCUCUUCCACUUCUUGGUGGCCCAACGCCAUCCGCUUUAGGUAGUCUGAUGGAAGUGGCCGGCGCCGGUCGUAGGUCUCCCUCGGUAUCUAACAAUCCACCUGGAGGACACCAUCCUCCGACGUCGCUUCAUCAACCAAGUCCUUUGGUACAAUCGCCGUCAACUCCCACAGCUCCAUCCAGUCUCAGUCGAUCCAGUCCCAGUGUACAACAACCGCCAUCCGGUCCCGGUGGAUUCCCAUCGUCCCAUCACCAUCGGUCUAGUUCACCUGCCAACUCAACCAGUUCCAGUCUCAGUCGGGCGAGUCCGAUGCAUCUAAGUCAUCACCCGUCGAACCCCUCGGCAGCUACCGCGGCGUCCAUCGAACGGGAUCGUCAAAUAAUGCGUCAACAAUCACCGCACAUGACUCCUCCUCCGCCAUCCUCAUCCUCCUCAUCGCUCAUCUCUAGCCCGUUAAGCAAAAUGUACAGUCAGGCCGGUCAGCGGUCACCACCUCCAAGUCAUCCGUUCCGACCCGGGGCGUCACCUCCAGUCAUCCGACAUCCGCAAAUGCCACUGCCACUCCCCAUGACCGGACCAAUUCCAGGCAUGCCUGGAUCAGUGAUGCAUCCCUCGCAACCGUAUCCACUCGUCCAUCCUUCCCUGUUCAGUCCUCACCAUCACAAUCCCUUCUACGCUCCGUAUCCUUACGGACCUGCUUACGGUCCUGGUUUCUCGUACAUGAAACCGGCAGGAUCCCCGUUGGACAAUCCGAUGCUCCAUCCGGGUCAUCCCACAAGCAUUCCUCCGCCACGACCGGAAGAUUCGCAGAUUCACGGCAACGCUGGUGAUAAGAAUAAAUCCGGAUCGAAACCCCCGCAAAAUUCCUCCUCAUCAUCCUCCGGUCUCUCCGGAUCAGGUUCCAAACCUGGCUCCGGACCCGGAGGACCCAACAACAGCAGCAACAGUAGCCAAAGCAGUAGUGGUCCGGCCGGAGGUCCUUCCCCCGGUGGUCCCGGUCCUCCUAGUGGGAGUCCCUUCCAAGGAGCACCGCAUCAUCCGUCGCCGUACCCGCCUGGGCCGCACAAUCCCUUCAUCGAGAACCAGCUGCAGGUCAGUGGUAAAACGAGCCACAUGGAUGCCCUGCGAGCGCAUGCCCAUGCAGCGGCCGGUGGCGUAGGCUUGGGACCACCCCCAGGUCACCCCGGACACCACCCGGGCGGUCAUGGACCUCCGCCGGGUCAUCAUGGGCCUCCGUCGCACCAUCCGCAUCCGAACGAGCCGGUCCACAUCGAAACGUUGGACAUCGAUCCGGAUCCGGAACCGCCAUCGCCGGUGCACGACAUGAACCGGGGGCCGAGCCCGGAGGCGAAACCGGACGACACCGAGUGCCAUCGGUCGCAGUCGGCGAUAUUUGUUCGUCGAUGCGAUCGAGGUGACUACAAUUCCUGCUGUCGAACGGAUCUGGAGUUCAAACCAACGCCCGACUCCAAACUGGCCCGGAAACGAGAGGAUCGUGACCGAAAGCUGGCGGAGAAGGAACGGGAACGGAAGGCUCAGCAGGCUCAACAGCAGCAACAGCAACAACAACAGCAGGCCGCUCAAGCACAACAACAUCAGCACCAGCAGCAACAGGCGGCAGCGGCAGCGGCCGCAGCUGCCCAAGCAGCCCAACAGCACGGUAAACCUCCUGGCGGUCCGGGAUCCAUGGGUCCCGGAGGUCCCCUGCCGGGUCAUCCUGGCCAUCCGGGUCAUCCUGGGCAGCAGCCACCAUCGAUGAAGCCAGACAUCAAACCGUACCCGGACACGCCGGCACUGCGACAGCUGUCGGAAUACGCCCGGCCCCACGUCGGUUUCAGUCCUGUGGAAACGAUGGUCCCUCCGCCAUAUCAUCCACUUUUUAAUAGAGAAAGGGACAUCUUUUUUAGGGAGUUUGACGAGCUGAAAAAUCAACAAGCGGCGGCGGCCGCCGCGGCCAUGGGUCAAUCGCGACUGGAACCGCACUGGAUGGAGUACUACCGGAGAGGGAUGCAUCCGUCACAGUUUCCGGCACUCUACGGCAACCCCACUGCCUUAGCGCAUCUCGAACGAGAACGGAUAGUCACGGGCCUGCCGCCACAUCUCAUUGGACUAGAUCCGACCGAUCCGACGACGAUGUUGCGCUUGGCUGGUGAAUACCACGCUCACUCCCAUAUGCACUUGCAUUUGCACUCGCAACAGCAGCAGCAGCAACAACAACAGCAAGACACGGCGGCGGCAGCAGCGGUGGCGGCCGGUUUCCAACUUCCACCUGCCAAUGUACCAUAUCCUAGACCGAACGUGCUGAUGCCGAGGGAUCCCCACUCGGAGGUCCUGCUGCGCAUGUCCUACGAUCCCCUACAGCAGGCCGCUGAGUUCCAACGGCAAAACGCGUUGGACCGUGCCCACUCGCUGCAUGAGCAGUAUCUUAGACAACACGAGCGGGAAAUGAAAGUAAGAGCACUGGAAGAAGCGGCACGUGGCGGUAAACCAAUGUAGGCGACUCUGUAGACUAACUUCUAGGACGCGAUGAGGAUAUUGAUGAGAAAGAAAAGAAGAAGAAGAAGAGGGUGAGAACAGACACAGACAGGAAAGAAAUUGCGGCGAACUAAAUAGGUUAUGUCAAGCAACUUUUGUUUUCUUCCGGUACCUACUCGUAUGAAUGAAAUGGUUGUACAUAUUUGGUCAAAAGUAACCCGCCAGUGAAGAUCUCUAGGCAAUCGUUUUAAGGCACAAGUUGAGUUUCGAUUCGAUUAGUCAUGAUAACAAUUAUUUAUUCAAAGAAGCCGGCAUCACUGGUUACUUUGUUGCCGUACUGUCGAUUGAAGAUUAUGGGCGAGGAAGGGAAUAAUUUGUUUCACAUAGCAAAUUUGCUUGACUUUCGAGAUGAUAUUAACAAACAGUCUGUUCCGCACAGUGAGUAUUAAUUACGUUAAAAAUUGCGUAACAAUCAAAUGUGUGAACAAUUCGAAUCAAGUUGCCCAUGGUUUUCAAGGCACUCUUGAUCGAGAGGUAAACAAGCUUGGAAACUUGGUUUCAAAAUAAAUCAGUUUCAUGAAGCGUUUCACAACAAGUACUCACUGUGCAUUGUUACACCUGAUAGGGAAAUGAAUCUAAAUCAAAGAAAAGCAAACCUAAUUGGCAGUAUGUGGUGAGUUUCUACACUGCAAAUGUCAAGGCUGGUAUGAACACAAACAUAUUUGGACAAAGUAUGCAUAAAUCAUUUAUAUGACUGUAUAAAGUAAAAAAAAAAAACAAACGGUAGAUAGUAAGUAGAUUCGUAUAUAUUUUAUAUUUAUGAUAAAUAACAAAACGGAAAUAGUCUUUCUCCGGAGAUUGUGUCGAUUUUCGAUUUACCCAAUCGAAACUCGUUUGAGGACUGUGGCCACUCCACUUCAGUCCUCAAGAAACAAGAAUGUUAAGCAAACCCUGCCCUAGGCUUAAAAGCGCACUAUUCAAAAGUAAAACAAAAAAUGCUUCUAAAUUAAACACAAACAAGGUCCCAUUUUCGAAAUCUUCUAAGUGUCUAUAUUCGUAUGUCGUACAAUACAAAUCACGAUAACAAAGCAACUUUUGUGUAAAAAAUAUAGCGAUUUUCUUUCAUACUGCUUACGUUUAUGUUUGCGCAAAACAAAUUAUCACAAGUAAAAGAAAACUGGAAAAAUACUUCUCCAGUACCCUAGAAGUAUUCACAGCUGACGAAUGGAACAGAAAAAAAACUCUUGAACGUCGCUAUUGUGCUGAUCGCGCAGAGCUCCUGCUCGGGGAUUGGUACUUACCACGAAACGCUACCUUAGUUUACCACUUAAUACAAACGACUAUUCAAUUGCAUUUUGAGUUACGAUAAUGGAAAAAGAAAACGUGAAUCUUAGCUAAAACACCGAUGUAGAAGUUUGAUUGUUUUACAUAUUUAAUGAAUGCAGUGUCAGUUAAGAAACAAAAAAAAAAAACAAAAUCAGAAAUUCGAAACAAAAAAAAAACACAAACUAGUUGCCUGUGAACUCUGUUGUUUUGAGUUCGAACUUAUCCGACAUUUUCUAGUGAGUAUAUUUACAAGUACGCAACACACACUCACAGACAAAAGUGGGGAGGGCUGGCAGCACUGUUGUGGCGGACAGAUUAAACGUAGAUUUUUCGGUACCACAAAUACAACAAAACCAUCACUCGUGACGAAGGGGUGAAAGCUUUCCAAGACAGAGACAGCCCCUCGUCGACGGGGAUGGUGAGACAAAGCUAAAACAACCAGUAUGGUAAGAACAACAUGAACAACAACGUGUACAACUUAAGUGACAAAAUGUAUGAAUGUAACUAAUGACGGACAGCAGACGAACAGAAUAUUCGACAUUAUUCAAGCAAAAGUGAGAGAUUGCAAACACAGGAAUAGGAGAACAUAGGAGAGUACAGUAUAAAUAAACAGAAUGGUAUAUUAUUGAUCGAUAAGUAUAUCUCGGCAACAGCAAGAAAAAAAGUAAACAAUUAUUUAGUGAAUAAAGGGAUAAACACACAGAAUCAUUGAUCUUAUAUUAAAAGCAAAACAAAAAUAUUUAAUUAUGUAUUAGUAAUUCUAUUGACAAAAAGUAUAAUAAUGGAAAAGAAUCAACACACACACAAUUAAAAGUGAAAACAUAAGAAUAGUGAUGAUAAAUAUACGAGUAAACAAAAUAUUAAAAA